AUGGAAAGCCACAUCAUAUUAUUCCUUCCCCUCUUCGUGUCCCUCUUCAUCACCAUUCUCAUACCCGGUGCUGCUCCUUCAUCAUGCCCAAUCAACUUCACCUACGUUCAAACCUUCCCUUGGAACACUUCAACUUGCACAAACCCACUCAACAAACAAUCCUGUUGCUCAACCCUCAACACCAUCUUCCACAUAGGCCUCUCCAAACACCUCAAACUAACCUCUUUUUUUCAACUUCCCAAUGAAAACAUUUCCUCUAUUUGCUUAUCAGAUUUCCAAGACAAGCUCACAACCAUGUCAGUUCACCCAUCUAUGUACCUUCUUGCUUUCCCAACCCCUCUCAGUGUUGAAACUAGUCAAGAUUGGGAACAAAAGGUGGACUCGAUUAGACUUAGCCCGGUACACACUUUCUGCAAAGGAGAUCUUCAUGACCAAACUAGCUGUAACAAUUGCAUUGCAGCUAGCUUGAAAGUGGCUCUUCAGCUUACUAGUUCUGACCCAAAUGCUAGUGACUCGGAUUGCUUUUCAUUCGCAUCGCUGUAUGCUGCAGCGGUUGUUAAUCCAGAAGGUACAACUGAUGUGAACACGAUUGGUUGCAUAUUGAGCGUGCCACUUUCUAGUGAAGUGGCAAAAGGGUCAUCGAAUAAGAGACGAAAAGUUAUGAAGGUGGUUUUUGCAUUAUUGGGAGCUAUUGUGGGGGUUGUGAUUGUUUUUGUGCUGAUGGUGGUUAUGUACAGGAACUGGGACAAGAGAAGGAAGGAAAAUGUUUAUCACAGGGAGAUUGAAAACGGUGUCAGGAACAGUGUUUUGACGAACACUGGUGCGAAAUGGUUUCACAUAUCGGAGCUUGCACGUGCCACUGAUAGAUUUUCGCAGAGGAAUAAGGUUGGUCAAGGUGGUGAUGGGGUUGUGUACAAAGGGAAGCUCGGGGAUGGCACUUUGAUUGCUGUUAAGGAGAAUUUAAAUUUGGAAAGUAAAGGGGAUGAAGAGUUCUGCUAUGAAGUGGAUAUCAUAAGCAAAAUAAAGCACAUGAAUCUUCUUGCUCUUCGGGGUUGUUGCAUAUCAAGUGAUAGUUUGAAAGGUAAGAGGAGGUUUCUGGUUUAUGAUUUCAUGGCUAAUGGCAACCUCAAUUACCAACUGUCACUUACUGGGGAUAAUAGGUUAACAUGGCCACAAAGGAAGAACAUAAUCCUUGAUGUGGCAAAGGGGCUUGCUUAUUUGCAUUAUGAAAUCAAACCUCCAAUUUAUCAUCGUGACAUAAAGGCUACCAACAUACUUUUGGACUCCAAAAUGAAUGCAAAAUUGGCAGAUUUUGGGUUGGCCACGCAAGGUAGUGAGGACCAGUCUUCUCUCACCACAAGGGUUGCUGGCACAUAUGGUUAUGUGGCACCCGAGUAUGCUUUAUAUGGGCAACUAACUGAGAAAAGUGAUGUUUACAGUUUCGGUAUUGUGAUUCUGGAAAUCAUGAGUGGAAGAAAAGUUAUUGAUACUUUGAAUUCAUCUGCAGAUGCAAUCACGGAUUGGGUAUGGACACUUGCAGAAUCGGGAAAGAUGCGGGAAAUAUUUGAUGAGUCAAUAAGAGAAGGGCCAUGGAAAAUUAUGGAAAGGUUUGUUCAUGUUGGAAUGCUAUGUGCUCACGCAAUGGUGGCGUUAAGGCCUACUAUUGCUGAGGUCCUUAAGAUGUUAGAGGGUGACACUGACGUUCCCAAACUACCAGAUAGGCCAGUUCCUUUGGGUCAUGCGUCCUUUCAAUCUUCUCUGUUGCAUGGUUUGCAAAGAAGUGGAAGAUCUAUGCAACAUGUUUCAUCCUAUUCAUGA